AUGAAUCUCCCGAUGUGUCGGUCAUGUGACAUCUGACGGGGCGUGUUCAGAAAACAAACGCACCCACUGACAGAAAUGGCUACCACGGAAGUGGAGCGUAGGCGUGGCCAGCUUGCUGCUCUGUCCAUAGCAGCGGUGGUCAUCAUCGUGGGAGUCCCUCUGUGGUGGCGAACAACUGAAACGUACCGCGCCUGGUUGCCUGUCAGUCAGAUAAAUGAGUUGGCCAAUCUACAGCUUCAGUUGAGUGCUGAUGUGGAGGUUGUGUUUGCACGUGGAACUGUGACGCCAGAACAGCAGAAGAAGUUCCCGCUGACGCAGACGCAGGAUGAGGAACACACAGUAGAUGAGGACACAGCUUUGAGAUACAGGUAUGAGACUAAGUACCGCACAGCUACAAUCAUGGAGGAGGAUGCCCUGAACCAGCCCACUGCUGCAGAGGCAGAUCUGUCUCUGCACACGCUCAGUGAGAGUCCGUGUGGCUCUUUGGUUGUGUAUGUGAUCCCAGAGUCAUCUACGCUGCUGCCGGAGGAUGUGGACGUGUAUAUCGGUCAGCGACGCACAGCACUGCUGCGUAUUGGCGCCCAGAUGAGAGUGGGCAGGACGCUAGAACAAUUGCUGGCUCACCUGGAGCCUCGGAUCAAACAGGUGCUGCAGGUGAUGUCUUUUAGCCACACCGACAUCACCGCCGCCCUCAGCGACAGAGUCCGCCUCAGCCCCGGCAACAAAGAGAGCGUCGCUGACAGUAUGAGGGCCUUUAAAUCCAGCCCAGGUUAUGAGAUAACAUUCAGUCUGUUGAACCCAGACCCAAAGUCACACCGAGUACACUGGGACAUAGAGGGUGCUGUACAGACCUACAUCCAACCUUUGCUUACAAAACUGGCCCCUUUGGCCAACUUUAGCAUCGACUCUCAGACCUUGUACUAUGCCAUGCUCGGUGUAAACCCACGCUAUGACAGCAGCCGCAGCGCCUACACACUCAACUCUGACAGCCUUGCGCAUGUCAUCAACCCUGUGGAGGCUCGACUGGGCUCAAAUGCUGCAUCUUCCAACCCGGUGUUGAAUUUCCUUCUGUACGUCCCGGACGCCCACCAUUCACCUCUUCACAUUCAUGACCACAAGAAACAGGAAGUGCUGUCUAAUGCGUUUCACUCUCCGCGCUGGGGUGGAAUUAUGGUCUAUAAUGUUAAUGGUUUCUAUGGACCAGAGGCUGUGCUCCCUGUUGACAUCAACAUCAACAUGGCCAAAGUCAUGGGAGUCUUCCUUGCACAGCUUCGGCUGUUGCUGGGCGUGCAGUCGUCUGCCCCUCCCCCUGGCUUCCUGGUGGCUCCGUGCAGCAGCACAGGACUAGCUGACUGGGAGCUGGACCGUCUCAUGUGGAGUCGGAGUGUGGAAAAUGUUGCAACAGCAACCACAACCAUCACCUCGCUGGCACAGCUGCUGGACCAGAUAGGAAACAUUGUUAUCAAUGACAACAUUGCUCAGCAGGUGUCCAGUGCCGUCACGUCUCUGCAGCUGGCUGUGGCCGAGUUGGAGGCUGGGAACCUCGGCUUUGCUCUGCAGUACAGUAAAGAGGCCAUCUUGGCAUCAGAGAGAGCAUUCUUUGACCCUUCGCUCCUGCAUCUGCUCUACUUUCCUGACGACCAGAAGUUUGCUAUCUACAUACCGCUCUUCCUGCCCAUGUGUGUGCCUAUUCUGUUGUCUCUGCUCAAAAUAGUGUCUGAGGCUAGACAGAGACGCAGAGAAAGGCAAGCCAAGAAGGACUGAGAAACACUUGAAGAGAAUAUGUGAUAAACUUGUGGUCUGAACAAAAACACAUUACGAACAAACAGUCAGGGGCCUUCACGUUUAGGUACAAAGGUUUGCAUGAAGAACGACUCAUUUGCAGCGUUAGGGUGUGGGGUAUACAAAUCACAAAUGCAUCGUUUUUUAUUGUUUUCAUGUAAGGGAUUGUGUUCAUUGUCAAAUUGUAAUGAAUGACUGUUGCGGGCUGUCUGACACUGUAUACGGGAAAGCUUGAAUUAUUUUAAAUGUGUACAAGUUUUAUAUUUGAAUUCCACUUUCUAUUCUAAGUUAUUAACAAAUAAAGACUAAAGUCGUAACUUACGUUUUUGCUCUGUGGUCAGCAAGAAAAUAAGAGUGCCUGAUUUUAUUAUUCAUUAUUUAGUCAAUUUGGCACUCAGAAAGCAAUGUUGCAAGUUGAGAGUGAAAGUCUGUUGUUGACCUCACAAAUAGUGGAUUGUUUGUCUUGCGAGACAAACCAAAGCAUUGGCGAAGUUUAAUGUAGUCAAGAUGCAUUUGUGUUUAUAUAAACACCUGGGUCACUGAC